AACUUAAGAAACAUUUGAUUCAGGUGGGAAUAAGUUUCUCCACUUACUUAUUUUACAAAUAAUUCUUAAUUUGUUGUGUGCUGUUUCUUGGAGAUAAUAAAGUAAGAGAUGGUGAGAACACCUUGUCAUGACGAAAAAGGAAGGAAGAAGGGAACGUGGACACCUGAAGAAGAUAGGAAAUUAGCAGCAUAUAUUACUAAAUAUGGCUCCUGGAAUUGGCGCCAACUUCCUAAGUAUGCUGGACUAGCAAGGUGUGGAAAAAGCUGCAGACUUCGAUGGAUGAAUUACUUAAGGCCAAAUGUUAAAAGAGGGAACUACACCAAAGAAGAAGAUGAAAUUAUCUUGAACCUUCAUGCUCAACUUGGAAAUAAGUGGUCGGCGAUUGCUGUUCACUUGCCAGGAAGAUCAGACAAUGAGAUAAAGAAUCAUUGGCACACAGCCCUUAAGAAGCGCGCUAAUUAUGCGUCAACCUCAAGUGAUGUGUCAAGCAAGAAAUCUAAUAAGAAGAAGAAUAGUGGAAGUAAUACUAGAAGAACAAGUACUAGUGUGGAAAAUAAAAAUGCAAGUUCUAGUAUGAGUAUUGUUGCUUCACAUGAAAAUAUAGUACUGGAAAGUUCAGACUGGUCACCAAAGGAGUCAUCAAGUGAAGAAUUUUCCUCUUACAAUACCACUGAUUAUCAAGAGCAACAUAAAAUUUUUCAAGAAGCAUUGGAGGAUAUUACUAGUGGAAGCUUUUGGACAGAACCAUUUGUAGUGGAAAGUUUCAAUACUACUAGAAUUGAUUUUCUAGCUCCUUCAAGUGACUGUGAACUUAUGUGUCCACCUUCACCUUUUAUAGGUCAAGAAUUUCUUUCCUCCUUUGACUUUGAUCAUUAUAAUUGGUAAACAAAACUAGAAGGAGAAAGAAAAUCAUAUAAAGAAGUUGAUUUAUCUCAUACCAUCAUCUCUCUCUUAUAUUACUUGAUCGUUUGCCUAUGAUCUGCCGAAUGUUGGAGAUGAUGACAUAGAAUGUAAUGUGAUCUAAGAUGUUUUAAUAUCUUACAUUCUGUGUAAACUUGACAUCUCAUGAUUCCAUGUAAAACAACAAAAAUGAAUUCUAUGGAGAUGAGGGCAGAAGUCUAUUAUCUGACUGUUUUUUCUA